AUGUCGCUGGCGAGACCGUAUGGAGUGAGGACUGCUGCUGCGGCUUCUGUUUCCGUGGCGGAUGUGCGCCCACCGCCGCAGCGAGCUGACCCACGGGCCCCGUCAGCGGCAUUAACGGCAGCGUUGCCACGACCGCUGCACUCUGCCGGUGCAGAGGGACGCAAUGGCUUGCUGCAGAAAAUUCAGCUGGGAGGUGACACCAUCUCGCAUGUUCUGCAGCGGGAGUUGAGCAACGCGGCCCUGCGGACAGAGGCCAAGGGCGCCUCUGUGUUGGCCGGGGAGAAUAAUGAUAAAAACGGCAACAAUACCAGCAACGGCAACGACAUUGUUAAGAGUGAUAACAAUGAUGUUGUACAAUGGGUGCCCUUGUCUCGGGAUGAAAUGAGAAAUGCUCUUUUAAUGAUUACCGCAAAACAAAACUCCGCCUUUGAAUCGAGACGCAUCAGUCUCUUGGAGCAGCGCGAACAGGAGUUGCUCCGUUGUGGGCGACACCAUAGGAAAAUUAGCACAAAACUGGGCAACAAGUCAACGGAGCCGAUCUGCAUGCUUCUGCACUCUCUUCUUGGCGAAUCACGGCGGAAGUGGCGUCAAAUGCUAUCAGCACGUGUGCAGACGCUAAAACAGUCUGUGCACCAAGUUGACGGUAUGCCUGCAGUGGAAGUGAGCAGCAGCGAGGAUGGCGAGGAUUUGGAGUGGUCGGUUGAGCAGCUCUACGGAACGCUAGUGGAGGGUCUUAACAGUACCACCACGGAGAAGCUUCUCGUGUCGCGGGUGUUUGGUGGUGAUGCGUCUAUCUUCCGCGACAGCAUUGACUCCUUUGGAUUGCUGACGGUGUUUCGUGCGCCCAUUCAGGAGCUGUUAGCGCAACACGAAACACUCGUCCCAAGUCUCACGGCGCUCCGUCGUUGGUUUGCGGCGCUGCACCCGUCGAAUGGCUCCCCAGGUGCUGCCGCCCACACCGAUCCCUCCAUAGAUGACGCGGAGCGAAACCUCGACGCCCUGCUGCAGCACGGCUCCACCCCUGAGGCGGUGGCCAAGGCGCUUCGUGGUUGCGUGAGCCCCUCGCUGCGUCGACUGCUAUACGCGAGAGCGCUGCAGCUUCCACUGGUAGUCACAGACGGUACAUCGCUCUUUGGAGGCCGUGGGGAGCUUCAGGCGAAUCAGCAUGGCCACAGCAUUGCGGGGUUUCUUUCCUUUGCGUCCAAGUACUGCCGCGACAAGAUCAAACGCCGUAUGCACCACACCUAUUCCACAAAGGAGCAGGAGACCACAUCCAAGGUGCUUCAAGCCGUGGUUAAGGUGGACAAUUCACAGUGUGUGGGCAACAGUGACAAAUAUUUCAUCUUUGCAGAUGAGGCGGAACUUCUUGCCCUUUCACUCAUUCUAGAUAAGAGCCUGUCGGACGUGCGACUGCGGAACACACUGCGGCAACUGGGUCGUCCUCCUGAGCAGCUGGACUCAUAUUUGGUGUUUCUGCAGGUUUCCCCAACAGAGGGAGCGGCACAACAACAGCAACAACAUAGGACACCACCUUCUGGCUUCUUUCCUGUUCGCACCUCUGCGCUGCUCAUUGCACCAGUGUGCUACAUUACGGGUGACACAGUAGAGCAGUACGAUCUCCUCUCGGCGCUGUUUGGGCAACUGUGGUGUCGUCUACAGGGCCCGACGCCGGAGCUGAUUCAAUGCUGCUGGAUAUUUGAGGAUUUAGUGGCACGCUUUGCCGCACCGGCUUGUUUGCACGCCACGCGCACACUACACCUGCCGCCGCUGCGCUUGGCCAUUCAUUGGAUGCUCUCUGCCUUUGUAGAGGUGCUGGAGCCGGCUGAGCUUCUGAGUUUCUGGGACCUUAUACUUUCCUACCAUGUGGAGGAAAUGUUUGCUGAGCAGACAUCCAUCUCCAUCCCUGUAGAGGACGGCAUGUCGGAGAAGAAGAAGGAUUCCUUGUGUGCACCCUGCGCCCUGUGGUUGCUGCCUCUGUUAGCAGCGGGCCUGUUCGUGUAUCGUGCUCCUCUUGUAGAGCGUUGCGCAACAGCAGAGGAGAUGCUGCUUGUGUUUAAGGAGGGUCACCACAUACGGUGCCGCCCGCUUCUGCAGUACCUCCUGUACAUGGCGAAGUGA